GCCUGCGGGUGAGUUCCCGGUGGCUCCUCGGGCCGGAGCGGGGAACGGAGGCGAGGGGCUUCGCCCGCAUCUCUUUGGACCCUGGGGGAGGGCCGGCUAAGCCCGCGGGAGCCCCGCGGCGUCCUCGCGCGGCCCUGCUGUCCCCGCGGCCCGAUGGCGCCGCCCGUGGACCCGGCGCAGGUUUUGGUUACCUUCAAGGAUGUGGCUGUGACCUUCACCCAGGAAGAGUGGGGACAGCUGGACCUGGACCAGAGGGCCCUGUACCAGGAAGUGAUGCUGGAGACUUGUGGGCUUCUGGGCUCACUGGGGCAUCCGGUUCCCAAACCAGAGUUGACCCACCUACUGGAGCAUGGGCAGGAGCUAUGGACAGGAAAGAGAGGCCUCUCACGUAGCACCUGCUCAGGUGACAGUGCAAAACUUCAGACCAGGGACCCAAGCACUUCUCAGCUGAUUUUGUCUGAGGGAGCCUUGCUCCAGGGAAGCCUGACUCAGGGAUCUUCAAGGGACUCCAAGUUGGCGCACGCCAGGGAUUGGGAAGGGCUUUUAGAAAUGCAGAAAAGUCAAUUGAAGCCUGGGACAGAUGAUCAAAAGGAGACCCAUCUUGGGAGAAUGAGCCUUGAAGAUGACGGUUUGGGGACAGAUGAUAGUCUGCACUCUCAGGGACAUGUUCUCUGUGAAUGUGACCCACAGGGACCAGGUAAAGGCCACAUGAUUCAUGCAGGGAAUAAUCUCUACAAAUGCAAGCAGUGUGGGAAAGGUUUUAACCGGAAGUGGUACCUUGUUCGACAUCAGCGGGUUCACACUGGAAUGAAGCCCUAUGAGUGCAACGCAUGUGGGAAAGCCUUUAGCCAGAGCUCAACCCUUAUUCGGCACUACCUCAUUCACACCGGGGAGAAACCAUACAAGUGCAUGGAGUGUGGGAAGGCCUUCAAACGCAGGUCCUACCUCAUGCAGCACCAUCCGAUUCACACUGGAGAGAAGCCCUACGAGUGUAGUCAGUGUCGAAAGGCCUUCACCCACCGCUCUACUUUUAUUCGGCAUAACAGGACCCACACCGGAGAAAAACCCUUUGAGUGCAAAGAAUGUGAGAAAUCAUUCAGCAACAGAGCACACCUGAUUCAGCACUACAUCAUCCACACUGGAGAAAAGCCCUACGAUUGCAUGGAGUGUGGGAAGGCCUUCAGAUGCAGCUCAGAACUCAUGCAGCACCAGCGGAUUCACACUGGGGAGAAGCCCUACGAGUGUGCCCAGUGUGGGAAAGCCUUUCAUCGGAGCACCUACCUCAUUCAGCACUCCAUCAUCCACACGGGGGAGACGCCAUACAAGUGCCUCGAAUGUGGGAAGGCCUUCAAACGCAGGUCACACCUUCUGCAGCACCAGCGGGUUCAUACUUGAGAGAAGCCCUCUCAGUGCCAUGAAUGUAGAAAGGCCUUCACCCACUGCUCCUGCUCUUUUGUCCUUCAUAAGGAGAUGCACACUGGAGGAAAAAAAACAAAAACAAAAACCCUUUCAGUGUAAAGAAUUUUUGUUGGCUCUUCAAACACAUGAGUAGUCACACUGGAGAUGAGGCCUGUGAUGCAGUGAACACGAGAAAGCCUCCAGCCACUGCUCUGCCCCCACUCAUCAUUGGAUUCAUACCAGAGAGAAUUUCGAGAAGGCAGGUCACCCAUGGUCCACCUCUGUCAACAUCAGAAAAAGCCCCAGGGGGAAACAUUCUGAACGCAACUACUGAGGAGUCUUUAGGCAGAAGAAGACUCUUACUUACCAUUUGAGAAUCAUAAUGAACAGGAACCACAUCGAUGUCAUUGCUGUGAGAAAACCUGUGGACAGGUCAGCACUUACUGUUAUGUCAAGAGUCAGAUGGAAGGGGACACAGCGUGGGCCUUAAUGUGCCCACAAGAAGCAUGUGGGAGACAGACAGUGGGCACUGUGCACUUACAAAGACCUCCGGCCACCGAUCUGCUCCUUGGUUGACACUUAGAAAAGCCAUCUCAGCAUUAUUUUUAAAAGAAUAAAAAGAAGGGAAUGGAAACCUAGACCCUAAACUGAAAAAACAAGUGUCUUCACAAACUCUUUCAGAUUUCCCUGCCAAACCUAUUAGUUUUUCAUCAGUUUUGUUAUUUUGGUGGGGGAAUGUUUGAGAGAAAGGGUCUCAGCCCUUUGUUUUUGUGUAUUCCCUGCUGUCCUGUGUCAGGAAGCUUGCACAGUGAGGACAGCUCUACAGAUGUUUGCUGGAAGCCUUGCUCCACAUCUCCGCCCACAAGGAGCAUCAUUCUUCGUGAGAAAUAUCAAGGCUGAGUCAUGAGAUACUGGAACUUAGAAGAAGUUAGACUUCCGAAAAUAACAUCACGUGCCACUUGCUUCUGAUGUUGUCUGAGAGAAGGAUCUGCAUACAACAGCCACGUUAAAACAUGCUCCCUCCAGACUGUUUAAGGCUUUGAUAUUUAUAAGUAAAACUCCUUGUUUGUGUGGUUUUUAAAUGCCUGAUGUUCUCCCUCACUUGUUUAUUCCAUUCUGCUCUUCUGUUUUCUGUAUUUUUCCCCUGAUGGUAUGGGUUGGCCUUCUCAGUUGGGGCCUAAUUCCUUCCUGUUCUUGGGGUUUCCUCAUGUAGAGGACUGCGCAUUCCCAAGUCCCCCUCCACAGCUUUCUAGGGGUUGAAUUACUGCUAAAACCAGUGAAAUAAAACACUCUGCUGAGGCAAAUUCAUGAUAAGCCCAGAAAAACAAACACAGAGUAUUCUCAUUGUCUGAUCUUACAAAUGGUUGUGUGAAGUUUUGUUUCAAAAUAAAGUGCUAGCCCGCGGCCGUGCCUCCCAGGGCCCCGGCCGGCCAAGCGCGGUGAGCCCUCCCGAUGGCAGGCUGCGAGGAGGUGAGCGUGUCUGGCUUGGAGGAGUUCCGCUGGGCCGUGGAGCAGCACCAUGACAAGACCAUCGUCACCUACUUCACCAGCUCUAAGGACGCUGGGGCAAAUAGCUGCUGCCCUGACUGCGUGCAGGCUGAACCGGUCGUACGAAGGGCUGAAGCAUAUUAGUAAAGGAUGUGUGUUCAUCUACUGCCAAGUGGGAGAGAAACCUUAUUGGAAAGAUCCAAAUAAUGACUUCAGAAAAAAAACUGAAAGUGACGGCAGUGCCUACACUACUUAAAUAUGGAACACCUCAAAAACUGGUGGAAUCUGAGUGUCUUCAGGCCAACCUCGUGGAGAUGUAGUUCUCUGAAGAUUAAGAUUUGAUGAUGGCAGUUGUGUCUUGAUUUCCUGAUUUCCUCUAGUAUAAACGCAAUUGCAUACUUGCUUUGAAUUCAUGUUAGCAAUAAACAAAUGAUGAUGUAAAAAAAAUAAA